UACUGUUAUCCAUUUCCUUAUAUGACACAGAGAACAGCUAUUUAACAACACACUUGCUUACUUCUUUAGGUAUAUUUCACUCUCAUCUGCAGAUCAGCUAUGGAAGUAAUCAACACAGAGGGGAUGAAAACUAUUGCAGCAAGUCUAGUAUUAGCUUUGCUUGUGGGAUGGGCAUGGAGAGUUCUCAACUGGGUAUGGCUGAGACCACGGAACAUGGAGAAGUGCUUAAGAAAACAAGGCCUCCAUGGAAACUCCUACCGUUUCUUGUUCGGAGAUUCCAAAGAAAACUCGAAGAUGGUUAAGAAUGCUAGAUCAAAGCCUAUCACUCUUUCUGAUGAUGUUGUCGCUCGUGCAAGUCCGUUUAUUUAUCACACUGUCCAGAAAUAUGGGAAGAAUAGUUUCAUAUGGUUUGGACCAACUCCGAGGUUGCUUGUCACAGAUCCUGAGCUUAUGAAAGAAGUGUUGACGAAGAACUAUAGAUUCAAGAAGCUUAAGCAGAACCCGAUUGUGAGGAUGUUUUCUUAUGGGCUGGGAAGCAUCGAAGGGGAUCAGUGGGCUCAGCACCGGAAACUACUCACUCCAGCUUUCCAUCUUCACAAAUUGAAGCUUAUGCUACCAGUAAUGCAUAAUAGUUGCACAGAGAUGGUUAGAAAAUGGGAAAAAAUGGUGGAGAAGAACGGGUGGUGUGAAUUCGACGUUGUGCCUCACCUUCAUACAUUAACAAGUGAUGUGAUUUCGCGUACUGCAUUUGGAAGUAGCUACAAGGAGGGAAGCAAGGUGUUUGAGAUUCAGCGCCAGCAGAUCCAGCUUGUAAUGAAGGCUCUGCAAUCAGUAUACAUUCCUGGAUGGCGAUUUCUACCAACCAAGAGUAACAAGAGGAUGAAGGAGCUAAAUCUUAUAAUACAAUCAUCCUUGAAAGACAUCAUCGACAAAAAGACCAAGGCAAUGCAGGCAGGAGAAAGUAGCAGCGAUGACUUGCUUGGCGUAUUAUUGGAAUCCAUUUCCAAUGAGCAACUUCAAAGCGGAUCAAGAAAUGCUGGAAUGAGCCUGGACGAUGUGAUAGGCGAAUGCAAGCUUUUCUACUUUGCUGGCCAAGACACGACCUCAAAUGUCCUUGUCUGGGCAUUGAUUUUACUAAGCCAUCAUUCUGAUUGGCAAACUCGUGCCAGAGAAGAGGUUACCCGAGUGUUGGGAAGUCAUGGCACACCUGAUUUUGACAAUCUCAGCCAUCUCAAAGUUGUGACUAUGAUUUUGCACGAGGUUUUGAGAUUAUAUCCGCCAGGAGAUAUACUGAUCCGGAAGGUACACGAGGAAACUACACUAGGAGCACUGACCUUACCUCCUGGAGCGGAAGUUUGUCUACCGAUCUUGCUUCUCAAUUACGACAAAGAUGUUUGGGGAGAGGAUGCGAAAGAGUUUAAUCCAGAGAGAUUUGCAGGAGGAGUGUCGAAUGCAACAAAAACUAAUCAGGCAGCAUAUUUGCCAUUCGGAUGGGGACCCAGAAUAUGCAUUGGACAAAACUUUGCACUGCUGGAAGCUAAACUAGCUCUUGCUACCAUUUUACAACACUUCUCUUUUGAGCUUUCGGCCUCCUACACACAUGCCCCAACUACUGUCAUAACUCUUCAACCACAGCAUGGCGCUUAUUUGAUUGUACACAAGCUUUAGUUAUGAUUGAUAUCCGCCAGCUGAUAAAAUAGUAAUGAACUAAUUCAGACAAUAAUACUUUUUAUUCUUGUCUUCCA